AUGGAUAUCAAAGAAAUUCGAGAAAAACUGACGAUUGUCAAUGUCACUUCGAUAACGAGUGAAUCGGUUGCAGAGUACGAGCACGACGUCGAUGAAUGUCUUCGUCUUUUGGAGAUCAAAAUGGAAGUGGAAAUGGGGAAAAAAAUAGAAUUGAGUAAUCGUAUUGGCGUUGUUCAAUCACAAGUCACUGAAUUAUGGGAUCGAGUUGAUAAGGCGAGACGCAGAGAAUCUGAAAUCUCGUAUCGAGUCACAGCUUGGGCACAACAUUUGUCCGAGUUGAUGAAUGAGGUGAAACUAAAACGAGCUCAAAUGGGAAUGACAAUGGAUUCGUCUGCAUCACUCAAUGCUGAAAUUCAACAAAGUCUUGAUUUGUUGGCAGAAAAGAAAGAUUUAGUGGAGAGAAUGAGAAAGGAGAUUGAUCAUAGACGUCAUUUGCAUAAGUUGCAACUGAAAAGUCUGAAACUGGACUGUGAUUAUGAAGAAGAGAAAUGUAACGAAUGGAAUCAGAAAUCGGCUGAAAUAGAAAAAGUGAUUGAAGUGUUGAAAGAACAGAGAAAACUACUCGGUGAACGACUUGAAGAGGAGAAACGAAUGGAGCAGGAACAGAAGAAAAUGCUGGAAGACUUAGAGACAUUGAUGAAGAAAUCUGGAGUGGCUGCAAGAAAACAGAGACAAAUUCAUAAUGAAAACGCCAAUUUGGUUGCUUCGUAUUCUGCUCUCACUGGCGAGGAAAGCUCAUAA